UCCCCCGCUGUCUGCACAUCAUACCAUAUCAUAAACCGCUACCAUUACUGCCAGCGAGCUAACAUAACAUUCCCUUCAAAAACAGCAUCUUACAAACGGCCGAGGCGUUGAUGGAGGGGCUACUGAGAGGUGUUUGGGAAGCACACUAUGUUUCCCUGUGUCUCCACCUGGCCCUCUUCUGAUCCCCCUGCCGCUCUGGGCCAUGCUCCGCCCAUUCACCCGGUUCAGCCACCCAAUCAGCCACUGCCUGACCUGCUGCGGAGCUGUGUUGUGCUCCCUUCCCCAUCCACACGCCUGAGCUCUUGUACCAACGAGAUGGAGUCUAUGAUUGUGGUGACGGAGUAUGAGCCCAGUGGUGGCUCAGGGCAGGAGGGCGGAGAGGAGGAGGAGGUGGAAGACAUGGACAGCUCGGAAACGCCAGAGCCGGCGUUGUCAGGUCAGGUACCACCCUUCCGUAUGGCCUCCUGUGAUCUUUUAUCCCACUCGGUGGGCCGCCCGGAAGCGCUCUUCCCAGAAUCGCAGGAGCACAGAGGUAGACUCAGCCUCUCCAACAGGAAGCUGUCACUACAGGAACGCUCGCAGACGCUUUCGUCGCCCUGCGGUUCUCCGGGGCUGAACGGACGCUAUAUUUACCCAUCACUGCCCUACUCGCCAAUCACCUCCCCUCACUCAUCUCCACGCCUCCCUCGAAGACCAACCGUGGAGUCUCAUCGUGUCUCCAUCACAGACCUGCAGGACUGCGUGCAGCUCAACCAGUACAAGCUGAAAGAUGAGAUCGGAAAGGGCUCCUAUGGAGUUGUCAAGCUGGCGUACAAUGAAGACGACAACACAUACUAUGCCAUGAAAGUGCUGUCCAAGAAACGACUGAUGAGGCAGGCUGGGUUCCCGCGCAGACCUCCUCCUCGUGGUGCAAAAUUGGCCCCUGAGGGCCCUCCUCAGCCCAAAGGGCCUCUGGAGCGUGUUUACCAGGAGAUAGCCAUCCUCAAGAAGCUUGAUCACCCUAAUGUGGUUAAGCUUGUGGAGGUGCUGGAUGAUCCAAGUGAGGACCAUCUGUACAUGGUAUUUGAGCUUGUCAAACGAGGAGCAGUGAUGGAGGUUCCUACUGAUAAGACCCUGGAUGAGGACCAGGCACGCUUCUACUUCCAGGACUUGCUGAGAGGAAUUGAGUAUUUACAUUAUCAGAAAAUCAUUCAUCGGGACGUCAAGCCUUCCAACCUGCUUGUGGGAGAAGAUGGCCAUGUUAAAAUUGCCGACUUUGGGGUCAGUAACCAGUUUGAGGGAGCAGACGCCCUCCUGACCAGCACAGUUGGGACACCAGCAUUUCUCGCCCCAGAGACCCUCUCAGAGACCCGCAAGAACUUCUCUGGAAAGGCUCUGGAUGUGUGGGCGAUGGGAGUCACCUUGUACUGUUUUAUCUUUGGAGUGUGUCCGUUUAUGGAUGAGCGUAUUUUGAGCCUCCAUCAGAAGAUCAAGACCCAACCAGUGGAGCUUCCUGAGAACGCAGACAUAUCAGAUGACUUAAAGGACCUUCUUUUUAAAAUGUUGGACAAGAAUCCUGAAACCAGAAUUACCGUCCCACAAAUCAAGGUGCACCCAUGGGUGACGCGGCACGGCGCUGAGCCCCUCCCCCCUGAGGAUGACAACUGCUGCAGCCUGAUAGAAGUGACAGAGGAGGAGGUGGAAAACUCUGUCAAGCACAUCCCCAGCCUGGCCACUGUGAUCUUGGUUAGGACUAUGCUGCGCAAGCGUUCAUUUGGGAACCCGUUUGAUUGGGGCCGCAGGGAAGACAGGAGUCCCGCCGCACCAGGACACACACUAUCGAAACAAGAGAGCGAGGAAGGCAUGCGGAGCAUGGACCUGCCCUUCGUGGGCGAGGAUGAAGUUCUUUCCUGAUAGUUGUGGGUGUCUUACUCGGGGGGAAAUGCGCAAGGAUGGGGCUGUCGUGGCUUCCGGAAGGCCAGGAUAUGGACCUGGGGCUGGGGCGUGGACGGAAAGAUGGAAGAAAGGAAGAAGCUCUUGUUGGGUUGUUUAUGUGGAGGGUGCCCACCCACUCAUGCAUGCAUUUGUACAGUCCACAGCAGCAUGCACUGUUUCUGUCCGCCUAGGUCUCUGCCAUCUCUCAGGACCUGUUUUCUGUGUGCGCGCGUGUUUUUACUCUCCUCUCCGGCAUGGAGACUCUGCUUUACUCCCCUACUUCCGCUAGGGGGCGCCACCGCAAAGCAAAACAGAAUUUUUGGGGAAAAAUUUUACAAUUUAUUAGGUUUGUCCAUCACUCAUUAAUUAGAGAGACAUGCUUCUUUAUUGCAGUUUUACAGAUCUUAUAGAUAUUUAGAACUGAAUUUGAAAGUAAUAAAAUAAAGACUUUCAUCAGAAAUUAAUUUCUCGAAAGAAAUCUUGAAAAUCAGGUUUGUUUGUUCAAAUAAAGUAAAUAAUGUAUAUAAAUAAAUAUCAAGGCAAAUAAAAUAAUAAAUAGCCUUUGCACAUUUGCGGACAACAACCUUUAACUAGUUUUUAAAUCUUAAUUGGUGAUUCAUUAGGUUUGUCCAUCACUUAUUAAUUAAAGGGUUAGUUCACCCAAAAAUGAAAAUUAGCCCAU